AUGGCACACAUGACCAAGGACCCGAGCAACCCGGCACGAUUUGUCGUGCUGUACCCAGCAUACAUCAAUGCGCGGCUGACGGUCCAAGAGGGCCGCCGCAUCGCCAAAGAGCUGGCGGUCGAGAACCCCACGCCUCGCGAAAUUCUCACCAUCCUGCUUAAGCUCCAAGCUGAAAAGGGCCUCACCAUCAAGUUUGAGGGCAACAAACACUAUUCACGUGACUAUCUUCAAGUGGGUCGUGCGCGCGUCCAGCUCAAGAACUCUGACGGCAGCGCCAUCUGCCCUGAUAUUCAGACGCGCAAGCAGCUCUGGUGUUAUGUAGCGCAACAGAUCAAAAACAUCCCAGAGCGCAAAGUUGAGCUUCGACUGGGUGAGUUGGAGCCACAAGUCGACGCUCCAACAGAAGAGACGGCGGCCAACAAAGGCAAGACCAAUGCCAAGCCCAAGCCCAGCGGCAAGCCCGCCAAGGCCAAUAGCAAGGGCAAGAAGGGCAAGAAGAAAUAG